AUGGCUUUUAGCCCGGUUUGGGUUUUGAAUGAUGAAAGUAGACAGAAGUUGAAGAUGCAUUUCCCAAAGGAUACGGAGUUGAACCCAGAAAGUCUAGGAGAAGAGGCACAUUUUGUUUUUCAAGAAACGCAAACCUUUGGAGUGGCUAAUGAUGUUGGUGGAUGGGCUAAGAAAGGUUUGCCUUCGGAGUGGCUAAUGGUGUUGGUGGAUGGGCUAAGAAAG